CAGUACUUAAUUCAAGAGAGCCUCAUGGUAAACAUGCGCCACCUAAUGCUUCGCACAAUAACAGUCACUCUGACGAUCAUAAAUACCUGUACUUAUGGGAAAGAAAUUUGUGAUAUAAAUGGCAAUCUGACAACUUAUAAUCCAAAGAUAUAUACCUGCUGUGGGGGACAACUCUCCAGAAAACAGGAAUCAGUGUCCUGCUGUCGAGAUCAAUUAUAUAACAAAAACUUAUAUGUCUGUUGUGGAAACGAGCUCCUAGAUAAACGGAACAAAGGUGUGGCCAGAAAAUGUUGUGGCGACCGUCUACAUAAUGAAACACAAAAUACGAUUUGCUGCGGCGACAUUCAAAUCAACGCUACAACACAUUUCUGUUGUACAAACAAGCCAGUCCUAAAAUCUAGUGGAAUGGACUGCUGUUUUGAUGAGCCCUUCAACCCGACAACUCACCACUGUGUAGAUGACAUAGUGAUUCCGGUGACGGAGGGGAAAUGUGGUUCUACUACUUACAAUGCGAAAUCAAGCAUGAUAUGCUGCGACGAGAAGCUUCACAACACCUCACAGAUGAAAGAGCCUGUUGAGUGUUGCGGAAAAGAGCUGUAUUCCAAAAACUCACAAAAAUGCUGCAAAGCAACCAACUUUCGAGCCCCAAAAGAUGAAGACUGUUGCGGACAAGGUUCUAUUAAUUUGUCUUCGCAUUUAUGCUGCAAUGGCGUAAAAUAUUCCCGGACAUCAGCAAAUUUAGCGUGUUGUGGGAAUCAAACCUAUAUUAAUGGCAGUUCUGAGGAUUGUUGUGGUGGUGAAAGAACAGCGCAUUACCGACGUGUACAUAACAAAACGAAAGAACGUUGUUGUGGUGGAGAGACUUUAGCAUUAUUGGAUGAAGAUUGUUGUAGAACCGACGUGUACAGUAAGCAACAACAGUCUUGUUGUAACAAAAACGGCAAAUUCAUUCUCAUCAGUAAAACUUCAAGAGUCGAUGGAACUUUAAGAAACGAAUCUAAUUGCCCAGGCUAUCGAUUUGCUAAACAAUGCGACAAAAUACAGCUGAAAGGUCAUAAGGAACUGUGUAAAUCAAGCACUCAGAAAAUCACUGAAAGAAAGAAGACCAGAAAUCGAAAUCGCCAUGGAGUCUGUCGCAUAUGCAGUCUAAAUACCAACUCAUUAUUGAGACUCAUCAAGAAACAAAAGUCGUUAAGUUGCAAUAAAAAAGUUAUUCUGUUGGCUGUUGAUGCAAUCAAUAGAGUCGGAAGAUACCGGAUGCUGAAUGUUACAGCUUCGUAUCCAAGCCAUGCAACAGAAGAAACCGCUGAAUUCAAACUGAAAGUACUGCUACCUUGUAGAGAGUGCUCGAAACUUCAAACAAAAUCCAAAAGUUAUUUGUUACUAACCCAGAGUAGAGUACGUCCUGGUAAACUUCUGCGGUUGGGAGACAGUGAUUUCCUCUUCCCAAGCAAAUCAAAUAUAACAGAGAUUUCCAGUUGGCAAGCUAAAUGUAAAAGUCAUAGAAAUGUAGAUGUCAGAGCACUCAAAGAGAGAAUGCGAAAAAGAAUUAAAAAGUUUUUGAAUAAACUUUUGCGGUUUUAAAUUCGAUAAACGAAAACUUCUUGAUUAAAUAUAUGGAGGCCGUUCGAAGUGAAUAGCAUGUUAACGGUUUUAAAUUAAUCCAUGUCUUAAUUUUAAGUUAAGCUCUAUGGAAUUUUUUGUAUAAAUUGCCAUCUUCAAAACAUCGAAAUAAAUUGGUUAUUUGUUUGCUUAACGUCAUUUGAGAAGUUUUCAGUAAAACGGGGACGCUACUUCGAAACAACUAAAAAAAUUUACACCUAAUAGUCCCUUACACUACAGGUCUUUGAGUGAGAGACCUUUUUCGUACUAACUCCGACUGCGACACGAGACCUCGAUUUAUACCUUCUCCGAUGAGAACAUCGAUCUCCAUUGCUUCUAGUAGGAUGGGAAAUCAACACCUUACUCCAAGAAUCUGAAAAAAAUGCUGUAAACCACUGCAUCUCCCAGAUUAUCGUGAAAUAAGAAAGUUUCGAACAUUUAUAAUAUGAUGUCUGGGAUGUCUCCUUUUUAGUUAAGUGUAUUUCACAUCCUUAAACGACUACUGGUAUAUUAAACAAUGAAAACUAAUAUUUGUCAUGGAUUUUUUCUGAUGUAUUUGAGAUGAUUACUGUAGAUUGGCAAAUAACCACGAUGGUUUUAAUUUUUUGUAUCGUGAAAUUAAAACCAUCGCGAUUGGUACUUUUUGAGAAAUCGUGAAAUUUUGACACCGUGGAAUUAAAACGAUUUACAGUAUUCCAAUCCAGAUAAGCAAUUCGAUUUAAGUCAAAAAUAGUGCAUUACUGCUGUUGGGAUUUGUGAAUCUUAUAUACUUCUUAACUUAUAUUAAUUUAUUCUUAA